AUGAACGCCUCAAAGUUGCCUCUGGGCUCGUUUGUGGGCACGACCCUAUUAUUGUUCAUACUUUACAAGCUUGUCAAAUUGGCGUACUACGUGGGUCAAGCCAAAAAAACCGGCCUGCCGUAUACUCUUGUGCCCGUACUUGAGACUGAGUUCCUUGGAAAACUCUUGACUCCGCUCAUUCGUCCCUUGUUCACAUCAAGACUGUCUAGAGGCGAGGGCUGGCCGCGAUGGAUUCGCUUUUCGAUUCUCGACUGGGCUUGGGAAGAGAAACGCAGGGUUCACGAGGAGCUCGGUGAUGUUUUCCUUCUCGUAUCGCCUGAGGGUCUCAUCUGCUACACCGCGGACGCCGACAUGUGCUGGGAUGUCAUGAACAGGCGAAAUGAGUUUCUAAAACCAAGAGAUAAAUACAAGGUCCUUGAGCCGUAUGGACCGAAUGUUGCAACUACAGAGGGCAAAGCGUACAACUUCCACGUUCGCAUUACUGCACCCCCCUUCAACGAUGGCAGCGGAGCUAACGAUCUGGUCUGGAACGAGGCUUCCGACCAAGCACGCGCGCUCAUGGAGUCCUGGUCCCAGGAAAACACAACCCGCGACCUUUCACUUGAUAUCAACCGAUUGACUCUGGCCGUCAUUUCCUACACGGGCUUCGGCAAAAGAUUAGACUUCGAAACUGAAGUUUCUGAUCUUCGCAACAAAAUUCCUCCGGGGUACAAGAUGAGCCUGCAUCACGCGCUGCACCUAGUCACAACGUUCAUGGUCAAGAUUCUUCUCAUUCCUAAAUGGAUUAUGAAGAUGACAUCAAUGAAGGAGAUCGCUAUCGCGCAUGGUGAGCUCGAGAAGUAUAUGCGUGAGAUGAUCCGGACGGAGACCGCGAAGCUGAGCAAAGACAGCGAAUACCAAUCUGCCGACGCAAAGGGGAAUCUUCUUACAUCCGUUCUGCGUGCUUCAGCCUUUGAGGCAAAGGCUGCCGGUCGAAAGCAAGCCUUCAGCGAAGACGAGGUGCUCGGCAAUCUUUUUCUGUACCUGCUCGCGGGGUAUGAAACCACCGCAAACGCCAUGACUUACGGCUUCAUCACCUUAGCUCUCAGGCAGGAUUUGCAGGACAGGAUUAUUCAAGAGGUAGAUGGGGUUUAUGCAGAGGCAGCUGCUGAAGGACGCACGUCGCUUAAUUACACGGAUGACUUCGAGAAAUUCCAGUACACAUACGGCUUUAUGUACGAAGUUUUCCGCCUGUACCCUGGUGUUUGCAUUAUCACGAAAAUGGUCCCGAAGGAUACCACUAUCACCGUCUACCCGGAAAACAAUUCCCCACAACAGCAUGUCCUGCCGGCUGAGUGCCGCGUGUACCUCAAUGUCAACGCUGUUCACUACCACGAAAGGUACUGGCCCGAUCCCUGGGCUCUCAAGCCUGAUAGAUGGAUGGGUACCAUAGGGGUCACUCCAAAUUCGCGCCCUAACAAGAAGGUCGUCGCACAGGACAAGUCGAGACAGGUCAGGGGAACGUUGAUGACCUUUUCUGGCGGCGCUCGCGCUUGCCUCGGAAGGAAAUUCACACAGUCCGAGUACAUCAGUGUUCUUGCGACAGUCUUGGGGAAGUACCGCAUUGUGCUCGGCGAAGGCAUGGACGCGAAAGUAGUGAAGCAGGAGAUUGAUCAUCUGGCAGCGGGUACAGUCACGUUGGCUCCGCUCAAGUACGUCAAGCUGGCGCUGAAGAAGCGGACAGACGUCAAGACUGGCUAG